AUGAAAAUUACGAGCACAUCUUGCAUCUGUCCAGUCCUAGUGUGUCUCUGUUUUGUGCAGAGGUGUUAUGGAACUGCUCACCACAGCUCUAUCAAGGUGACCAGAAACCAAACCAAACACAUUGAGGGUGAAACCGAAGUCCACCAUCGUCCCAAAAGGGGAUGGGUUUGGAAUCAGUUCUUUGUUUUAGAAGAACAUAUGGGACCAGAUCCACAAUAUGUUGGAAAACUGCACUCCAAUUCUGACAAAGGUGAUGGAUCUGUCAAGUACAUCCUUACUGGAGAAGGUGCAGGGACUAUAUUUAUCAUUGAUGAUACCACAGGUGACAUCCACUCAACGAAAAGCCUAGACAGAGAACAGAAAACCCACUAUGUGCUUCAUGCCCAGGCUAUUGACCGGCGGACAAACAAGCCUCUUGAACCUGAAUCUGAGUUUAUCAUCAAAGUGCAAGACAUUAAUGACAACGCUCCAAAGUUUACAGAUGGACCAUAUAUCGUUACUGUGCCAGAAAUGUCAGACAUGGGUACCUCUGUUCUACAGGUGACAGCUACUGAUGCCGAUGACCCUACCUAUGGAAAUAGCGCUCGGGUGGUUUACAGUAUUCUCCAGGGACAACCCUACUUCUCCGUAGAUCCCAAAACAGGAGUUAUUAGAACUGCCUUACAUAAUAUGGACAGAGAAGCCAGAGAACACUACUCGGUGGUCAUUCAAGCCAAAGACAUGGCUGGGCAAGUUGGAGGGCUUUCAGGAUCGACAACGGUCAACAUCACCCUGACCGAUGUCAACGACAACCCCCCACGGUUUCCUCAGAAGCACUAUCAGCUCUAUGUUCCUGAGUCAGCUCAAGUUGGUUCAGCUGUCGGGAAAAUCAAGGCCAAUGAUGCAGACACUGGUUCAAACGCUGACAUGACAUACUCCAUCAUUAACGGUGAUGGUGUCGGGAUUUUCUCCAUCUCCACCGACAAAGAGACCAGAGAAGGGAUCCUUUCCUUAAAGAAGCCGCUGAACUACGAGAAAAAGAAAUCAUAUACCCUCAACAUAGAAGGAGCAAAUACACAUCUUGAUUUUCGCUUUUCUCACUUGGGUCCUUUUAAAGAUGCUACCAUGCUGAAGAUCAUUGUUGGAGAUGUAGAUGAACCACCACUAUUUUCCAUGCCUUCCUACGUAAUGGAAGUCUAUGAAAAUGCCAAGAUCGGGACUGUUGUUGGCACAGUUUUGGCACAAGAUCCCGACAGUGCUAACAGCUUAGUAAGGUACUUCAUUGAGUACAAUGCUGAAGAUGACCGAUUUUUCAACAUUGAUGCCAACACUGGGAUCAUUAAGACUACAAAGGUUCUUGAUAGAGAGGAAACUCCGUGGUACAACAUCACAGUUGCUGCUUCAGAAAAAGACAAUCCUGGUUUGCUGAGCCAUGUCGCAGUGGGCAUUAGAGUUCUGGAUGUCAAUGACAAUCCACCCGAACUUGCCAGGGAAUAUGAUAUUGUUGUCUGUGAAAAUUCUAAGCCUGGCCAGGUUAUUCAUACCAUCAGUGCCACUGAUAAAGACGAUUUUGCCAAUGGACCGAGGUUUAACUUCUUUCUUGAUGAACGGCUGUCUAUAAACCCAAAUUUCACUCUAAAGGACAAUGAAGAUAACACAGCCAGCAUUCUGACAAGGCGGAGGAGAUUUAGUCGAACUAUUCAGGAUGUGUAUUAUCUCCCCAUUAUGAUCUCUGAUGGUGGAAUCCCCUCUCUCAGCAGCAGCAGCACCCUCACCAUCAGGGUUUGUGCAUGCGAGAGAGAUGGGCGCGUGCGGACCUGCCAUGCAGAAGCGUUCCUGUCCUCGGCGGGUUUGAGUACAGGAGCCUUAAUCGCUAUUCUUCUGUGUGUUGUCAUUCUCCUGGCAAUUGUAGUACUUUUUAUCACCCUGAGACGCAGCAAAAAAGAACCCCUGAUCAUUUCCGAGGAGGACGUGCGGGAGAAUGUGGUCACCUAUGAUGACGAGGGGGGCGGGGAGGAGGACACCGAGGCCUUUGACAUCACAGCCUUGAGGAAUCCGUCCGCUGCUGAGGAGCUCAAGUACCGGAGAGAUAUCAUACCCGAAGUGAACCUCACCCCCAGACACCAGACAUUGUCCACCCUGGAAAGUAUAGAUGUUCAGGAAUUUAUUAAGCAAAGACUGGCAGAAGCCGACCUAGAUCCCAGCGUUCCCCCUUAUGACUCUCUUCAGACUUAUGCCUACGAGGGUCAGAGAUCGGAAGCGGGGUCGAUCAGCUCCCUGGAUUCAGCAACAACACAAUCAGACCAGGAUUAUCACUACCUUGGAGACUGGGGACCUGAGUUUAAAAAGUUAGCUGAACUCUAUGGAGAAAUAGAAUCUGAAAGAACAACUUAGGGGGCCAAUUCUUGGAACACUCUAGAAUUUGCUUCCUGAGCAAGUGGAGAUAUAACCUCAGCAAUGACAAGGAAGAAGCCUGGAAACAGUACUUGGAACUGAGCAAGCUGUGCACAGCUACUGUAGAAACAAGUGCCCUUUUCAUGAUCGAAACUGGGUUAUUUAAUCGGAAGAAAGUCAAAUUAAAAAAAAAAUACAGAGAAAAAGCUAUUGUUCCUUGUGUAUAUUUUCAAUUGCUCAAUAAAGUCUGUGGUACUGUUUAAUUAAGAAUACCUGAAUUAAGCCAAACAAUGAUGUUUGUUUCAAUAUUUUGUGGUUUCUUUUAAAAAGCAAAACUAAACAGAAAGAUUCAAAAUCACUUACGACUCUGAUUUCUAGGGGUGGUACACUGCAAAAUGAAACUUGUGAAGGUAAUCACAAUCUCUUUUUUUCACUUUUCUGGGUGGACUCUCAACACCCACACUCUGUUAUGGUGACAGAUCUCAUUAGCUUUGUCUUGUAUUUAAAUUACAUGAGGUGUACCCGGGAUACCAGACCACUCCAUCAUGGACUUGUAUGUAAGUUUCAUUUGCCCUCCCCACUUCUUUUCUCCAUACGAAAUUGAUGGAGCAUGGGGAUUUGCUGCUUGAACUAUAAUGUAUGCAACUUCUGUGCACCAGUUGUGUGCUGCUCUGAAGCACGGGCACUACUGUCUCUGUCCUGCCUGCCCCCUUUAUUUUAAUAGGAGAACCCCCUUUUUUUAAAUGGAUACAAUGAAUAGUUUAAGACAUACUCAGAUAAUCCAAUAUGUCAGGGAAAGAUUUAACUUCAAGAACAGCUGUAAACUUUAUCCUGUACAAAAUGUUAGAGAAUUCUAUUCUUUUAUCCUUUUAUUUUAGUACAUUUAAAUCAGCUGUUUGGAUCAUUUCUAAACCUAAAAUUAGCUGUCAAAAAUUUUGUUAUUGGUUUUCGCUUCAGUCUGAUUGGCUUGUUUAUAACAUGGGCAGUCAUAAAAAAUAUGUACCUCACAAGAUAGCAAUGUAGUCUUAAAAUUCAUACACUUACGAUUGACUUACCUUUGUUCCUUACACAAGUUCAUACAUUCCCCACUUCACUGAAUAACUAGCCCCUUGUAUAUUUGAGAUAGACGGGAAAAUGUGUAGGACUAGGAGCAAAAAGUAGGAGAUUCACACUUAUCUUUGGACAUUUCCACCAAAGUCUCUGAGCUUCAAGAUCCCUACCUACAAAAUAAAGAUGGCAACAACUGCCCUGCCUACCUCACAGGGCUGUGUGAGGACCAAUAAGCAUCUGUAAAAAUGCUUUGCCCUCUGCAAAGUGUUAUGUUACAUUAAUGCUUGCAGAUACUAUCUAAUUUUUAAUUCCGUUAGCUUAUAAAUAUAUAGUUACAUGCAUUUGGAGUAAAAUACUACGUUGUCAUGGGAGAAUAUCAUAAAACCUUCAACAGUGAAGUAACUGCUAACUAAACGUAUAAUGCAUAAGUUUAAUUAUUUUGAUAUGUUCCCAGAUGAUAAGCUAAUUUUCAUGGAAUUUCUUUGCUUUUUCCCCCUAAGUUGUUUAGAUAAUAUUUUGCUGUGGUUGCACUUGGUCUUAUAAGAAUUCAUAGCGUAAUGGUCCUAUUCUCCAAAAAUGACCACCUUUAUGUAUUUCAGAUAAAUUGGAAUCCUGAAACCCACAAAUUAAGAAUUAUUUCAAAGAGGAGUUUUUUUUCUUUACUCUUUAAAUUUAUCAUAAUCUAGUGUCUUCAAAAGUGAUAUUACAUUUUCUGUCUGAUUCAAUUUAUCUGCAAAAUUUUGAAUUUUGCCUCUGUUUGAAACUGCCCUUUGCUAUCAUUUUACAGUUUUGAGGUAUGAGAAGUAAGUAAAUUUAAUUUGAAUAAUUCUCAAUUUGUGUUUUAAGCCUGAGGAAUAAAAUGUAAUUUAAGUUUUUUACAACAUUUUAGCUUUCCAGAUGCUGCUUUAUCAUUUUUUAUAUCUCAAUGGCGUGCAUUCCAGUAUGAAGCUACAUCAAAAGAGACACUCAGGGGCUGUGGGGAAUAACCUCUGGAAACACAUACUCUAUUAUGCUAAUGCUGGACUACAGUCAUCCUGAAAGAAGGGUAAACCUUUCCAGAAGGACCGUGGAUCCUGGUGUUUCGACUUUCCUAUGCACAGAGGACUAGGAAAGCCAGAUUUUCAAAGUCUAUUAGGCUUUUGGAUUUAGAUUUUUGAUAAACUAUCCAUGGCUUUGUUUUGUUUUUGUAUUUUUUUAAUAUUCAUCUAUAACUUUGCAGAUGAAUGUUUAAAAGAUAAAAAUGUAUGUAUACAUUUAACCAUUUACGUAAAAGCCAAGGACCUCUGCAUGGUUUUGAGUAGGAAAAUAUUUCCCUGAUUUUGCAGAAAAAGCACCCUAGACCCAUCUAAUUUUUAUUAUGCAUUAUAAUUAUAAUAAAUUGCUCCUAAGCCCCUAGUAUUAAAUCUAAUAUGAAGGCAAAAUGGAGCUUCUGUAGUCUUGAAAUAUUAUGUUUCCAUGUUAAUGUAUUUUAGAAUUUUGUUGAUAAAAGCAUUCCAAGUAUUAUUUUUAUUUGAACUCUGAAACAAGGCUAUUAUAUCAGUAUUAUAAGUAUGGAUUGGGUCUCAUUUUUAUUUUCUUUGCUACUUUGAGUCGAGAAAAAAAUAAGGAUAUAUAAAUACUCUGCAAAUGGACUGAGGUCAUUUAACACCCAAUGCCUUGUUUUACAAUCUGCAGUUUGUGAAUGUCAGAAGAAAAUUCGCAGUGUUUAGUGGGCAAAGAAUUUGCUCCUUGACUCUGAGCAUUCACUAGCCACAGUUAAUCAGCUGUGGAAUCAUAUGUGCUUCCAUAUAGAAUCAGCUAUGGAAUCACUAAUGUGACUUGGUGCAUUUUAUAAGCCUUAGUCGAUAUUUAUAGAUCUAAAUAAAAUAUGACUUUGAAUCAAUUUCCUUUGUUCUAAUAAGAUAAAUUUCUACAGACAGACCCUCUACAAAACGGUGGCUGCUAAAUUAGAAGAAAUAUACAUAGUUACAAGUUUUUUAAUCCAAAGUGUUUCUUAUGAGAAUUUAUAAAUUCCAAAUAUUCUUUGUGCAAACACUAAGUUAAUAGGUCUUGCAGAAAUCACUAAAGAUCUCUCAUCAGAAAUUGUUUCUAUGACAAAUCCGUACAAACACAGAUUUGAAGAGGAGAUUGAAGAGGAAAUUAUCACUGAAAUAAGUCUCUAUACAGAGUUAAGUUGUGACUUUCCUAUAACCUGGUUCAAAAAAGAAAAUAUUCUAAGAGACAUUGCAUCCACAUAACCAUAUACACACAUAUACGCAUGCACAUAUAUCUUCUUGAAGAAUAUUUGGAAUGUAAAAGAAUAUUCAAAACAGUGACUUGGAUAGUGAUAUGAUUUAAAUAAGUAAUACAUACAAAAUUUUAGUACCCAACAUAUGGAAGAUUUAGCUAGAAGUUAAUGAACAGUUUUUGGCCUUUAUUUUGUAUCCAACCUUGGACUAACCUUCAGUGCUAUCACUGACUGGAGUUGAUUCACUGGUGUAGUUACACAGGGUGGACAAAAUUAUCAAAUAGUUAUAAAUCUAAAAUUUUAGAAAUAAUGAUUCAAUGGACACAAUGUGGCUAUUAAAUACUAAGAAAUGCUUUGAUGUCGAUGUUUAGUGUACUAAAACGUAGUCAGAAAUCUGGGUAGAAGGAGAGAAGUGUAUUGAAUCCACCAUUUUCAACAAUAUAGAGCUAGCUUAAAUAUACAAUUAGUCAUUGUUUUAUUUGUUCUUACACACCUGCACCCAAAGGUUUGAUUUGUUGCUUCCUGUUUGGUUUAGUUGAAUGUAUAGGGUAAACAAACAGAAAUUCAGGUAGACAUUCAUUUCAGCAGCCAUCAAGAAGCACAAGUUAACUGAGCAUGGUAAUGGGUACACUGGAACGUGCAUAGAUCCAACACUUUGGGGGUAAGUCUUCAUCUGCUUAUUAGUAUGGACAGCUAUUCAACAAAUCAGAACUCUAAAGCUGAUUAUUCUGGAAAGAGAGAAGAGUGCCCUGUUUCCAACUCAAAUUGUGCUUAACUUCAAGGUAUGGUAGCAUUCAAUUAACUUACUUGGCUUUCAAUUUCAAGAAUAGAACAAAUCUCAGAACAGUCCUUGGGAGAUAUGUACUCAAAUUCAAAUUCUCUCUCUCUUUUUUUUUUUGUCCUUUAGGAUUAAAGGCAAAUUAAAUAUUAUCUGAAGGAAACAAAACCAUUUCAACUUUUAUUUUCUACCUCAUCUACAGAAGGUAAAUCUUUUUGCGAUAUAAUAGUACAAAUCUCAUGAACUCUACUGCCAAAAGUAGCUGACAACCAUUUGAAGAUAAUACUAGCACACAACUCACUCCCUUUUUUAAAGAUUCCAAACAGAUUUUUUAAAUGAAAAUAUUAAUAGUAACACUUUUUAACAUGUCAAAAGAUGUGUUUUAACUUUGACUUAUACCAAUGAAAGAUGUAGUGAGGUGUUUUGUUUUUAAUAAGGGAAGAGAUCAGAGAACAACAAAACAUAUCUUUCUUUGAAGCAUUGAUGCAAAAAAAAUGGUCUUAGGCUAGUGAGGAAUGAUUACGUUUAUUCAUUUUGCUGAAUCUAUGGAAAUGAAGGAUCUUUGUCCUUCAACACUGCAAAGACAUCACACCUAUUUCAGUAAUGAUUCCUUUUUAAAGUCUUAAGUGAAAGCGAGUGGAGAAAAUAGGCAUUCAAGGUCUCGCGAAAUUAUAUCCUAUGGGGAAGGCACACGCCAUCUAUAGAUUAAGCUGGGUUCAUCUGAUGGUUUAGUCUUAUUGUCCGGUGAUAUCAACUUGGGAAGUAAGAAAAUGGGCUAUAAUAAUUAGUGUCACUCUAAUAAUUUCAUCAAGGCAUCUUUUCUUAUGUCAAAAUGCAUCAAAUUUUUACUCUAAAUCAUCUACUUCUAUUUUCAAAGUGCCUUUUAAAAUGCCUUAGUUUCAAACAGAAAUUCAUACAAUCUAACAUUUAUUAAUAGAGUAAGAUUUUCUAAACACGCACUAUAUGUAAGAUACUAUUGAAGGCACCGAAAGGGAUGUAAAGAAAAAUGUCUUAGUGAUAGGUGUUAUCAUCAAUGAAACUAGACUCUCACUUGAGAGUUAGACCUGUAAAAAGCUAUCGACAACGUAAUAUGUAGCAAAAAGUGGCAAGUGUUCUAAUAUAGGCUUGGAUACAAUGCUAGGAAAGGUGGCAGGAUCACAUCAAAACUGUGUCAGUGAUGUGGAACACUGAUGUACUACUCUAUAGGACAGGGGGAAUGAUACAAGUGCAGAGGGAGGCAGAAGCAGAGGAAUAAGUUUAAACAAAAGGACAAAAGGAAAUUUCUCUAUGUGGAAUAGAGGAUUCAUGCAGGGAAAUAAUGAUAAUGUACAAUGUUAAGAGAAGUUAGAGUUAUAUCUGAGGUGACUGAAUGGAACUUAUUCUUUAACCACUGUCAUUGAGUUUGUUUCUCCCGCAAACAGGAAAGUGACCAUGAUCAGACUUCUCUUUUAGCAAACUGAGUCUUUCAUUAAUGUCUAUCCUUCUGUAAAGAUAUAUUAAUGAAAGAUUAUAGAGUUAUGUGUACCUACAGAAAAAAAUAUUAGACUACUUUAAUUACUUCCAAAAGAUAAUUGUCUAUUUCAGGAAUAUAUCUUGAGAAGGUAAAAAAAAAAAAA